CUAGGGUCGCUGCCUUUUGAAAGAUGCUUUCUUGUACUUCUGGCUCCAUGUUUAGCCGUUUCACAUUUCGACGCCGGGAUCACCUUUCCUACGGGUGGCAUGACGGAUCUCGUCUGGCUCCCGUCGAUGAUCCAGGAAAUCGACGAGGUCUUCCGCGGAGGCCGAGGCAGUGAGGGCCAAAGUGUGGCACACUUGACAAGCAGGACCACCACCAAGCCUCGAGGCUGCAGCAGACGAGACAUUUUGCCGUUUCUUAGCCCUACGACUUGGGCGGUAUGCUUGCCUCCCUCUCCUCAACAGCACAGGGCGAGGAGGAGGACCCUCCUGGCAGCUUGA